AUGGCGUUCAACGAGGGCAACUGCUUGUGGGUUCGCGGGAUCCCGGCGGAGUGCCAAAAGGAAGAUUUGCUGAAGCUCUUUAGGAGCUACGGGCGGGUGGCCAACGUCCACAUCCCCUGUGAGCCAUCCACCCGCAGCCACAAGGGCUAUGCCUUCGUGACGAUGGCCAGCGGCGCGGAGGCGCAGAGCUGCAUCCAGGCGCUCCACGGCGCAGAGCUCGGAGGCCAUGGGCUGCUGGUGGAGGUGGCGAAGCGCUCCAGCGCCUACGCCAAGACCCCCGGGGUCUACCUGGGCAAAUCCCCCAGGUGGGAGGACAGGCCCGCAGAGCCUGGGCUGCUGGAGGCCACGCUGGCGGAGCCUCUGUCGGAGCCCGCGGCCUCGGCGGCCGUGUGCAGCGCCGCCGCCUGCGACACCAUGGAGCCAGGUGGGGAGCCCCUCACGGAGGAGGAUCCGGCGCCCCUGCCGCAGCCGCAGCCUCCGCGGAGGUGCGAGGAGCUGCCGCUGAAAACCCCCAAGGCGGAGCUCACGAGCCCCAGGUCGUCACGCAUCAGCCAACUGGAAGCCGCCAAUGUGCGGGCUGCGGCACAGCAAACCGCCGAUGGCCUGCUGCUGCAGUUUCAAAGACAAGGCGCUCGCUUGAGCUGA